AUGCCGCUCGUAGCCGCCGACACCUUGGAGGAUGACGACCGUUCUGCGCAGGUGAUGGGGAGCCGGAUAUUCGAUGAUCGUCUAUCAUCGUACAAGGAUGGUUCUGAUAGCAGCAGGGGACAAUCUUCUAUAACAGGGGUAGCUGGAGUCGAAGUUGCCCACUCGAGGGAUGGCAUUGAGGACCCAACGCGGAGGGCAAGCCGGGUCCAAGAACUCGCUCGCGCUUUCACUUCAGAGUCACGUAACAACCAGGAAGGAAGCUUGUUCAUGGCUGAGGACGAUCUCAACUCCUGCUUGAAUCCUAAUGGCCCUAACUUUAAUUCUCGUGCAUGGGCCCUCGCUAUGGUGGACAAAAUUGCAUCCAGUGGCGGCUCCUUCAGGACCAGUGGUGUUUGCUUCCAGGAUAUGCGGGUUUCCGGCUACAGCACUGGCACACGGCAUCAGAAUAACGUUGCGAAUCUGUGGCUCGAGGCCGUAGGACUUGUUCGCAAGACGCUUGGCCACAGGAAGAACCGUACUGCAAUUCUGCACCAAUUCGACGGCGUCGUGCAAAAAGGAGAAAUGCUAGUGGUUUUGGGGCCUCUCGGUUCUGGUUGCAGUACCUUCCUCAAAACCUUGUCUGGGGAGACAAAUGGCCUCUUUGUCGACGAUCAGUCGUAUUUUAACUAUAAAGGUAUAACCGCUCGGGAAAUGCACAGCCAGCACCGUGGUGAUACCAUUUACACCGCUGAGGUUGACGUUCAUUUUCCUAUGCUCUCUGUUGGAGAAACUCUGACCUUUGCUUCUCGCGCCCGCGCGCCACGGCAUUUACCUUCCGGUGUCACUCACUCUAUGUUCUCCGAUCAUCUAAGAGAUGUGGUGAUGGCAAUGUUUGGUAUCCACCAUACUAAGAACACGCGCGUUGGCAACGAGUACAUUCGUGGCAUUUCAGGCGGAGAGAGGAAGCGUGUGACGAUCUCUGAGGCUGCUCUUUCUGGCGCCCCAUUUCAAUGCUGGGAUAAUUCGACACGAGGAUUGGAUAGCGCGAAUGCUAUUGAAUUCUGCAAGACGCUGAAGCUGCAGACCGAAAUCUUUCAAACUGCCUGUGCAGUCUCCAUUUACCAAGCGCCGCAAAGCGCUUACGAUCUCUUUGACAAAGCCUUGGUCCUUUACGAAGGUCGACAAAUCUUCUUCGGGCGGGCGGACCAAGCUCGCCAGUAUUUUAUAAAUAUGGGCUUUGAGUGUCCAGAACGUCAAACGACCCCCGACUUUUUAACUUCAAUGACCAGUCCACAGGAACGUCUCGUCCGUGCUGGAUUUGAAAACAAGGUCCCCAGGACUCCAGAUGAAUUUGCUGCAUUCUGGCGCAACAGUGAGGCUUUCCAGUUGUUGAAGGCCGAGAUUGAGACAUACAAGGUCGACCACCCGAUUGAUGGGCCUGAUGCUCAGAGAUUCCGUGACCUGAAACGAGAGCAUCAAGCAAGUGGACAGCGGUCAAAAUCCCCGUAUACUUUAUCCUACAGGCAACAGGUUGGCCUAUGCUUAUGGCGAGCAUAUCGACGCUUUGUUGGCGAUCCCUCUGUCACAGUUGGUCAGCUGGGUGCGAACAUUGUCAUGGGGUUAAUUGUCUCCUCUAUAUACUACAACUUGAAACUUACCACAGAAAGCUUCUUUCAGCGUUCUGCACUGCUGUUCUUUGCAGUCCUGAUGAAUGCUUUUAGCUCUGCUUUAGAAAUCCUGACACUUUAUGCUCAGCGCGGAAUUGUUGAGAAGCAAGAUCGAUAUGCUUUCUAUCACCCUUCCGCGGAAGCUGUUGCAUCAGCUUUGAUGGAUAUGCCUUAUAAGGUUACAAACACCAUCAUCUUCAAUGUUAUCAUUUAUUUUAUGAGCAAUCUUCGCCGUGAGCCUGGCGCAUUCUUCUUCUACCUGCUCACGUCUUUCCUUGCUGUAUUAGCAAUGUCUGGUAUUUUCCGUACGAUUGCUUCUGCCUCCCGAACCUUAUCACAGGCCAUGGUACCAGCCGCCGUUCUCAUCCUAGCCCUCGUCAUGUUCACUGGGUUCGUCAUUCCCAUCAACUAUAUGCUGGGCUGGUCUAGGUGGAUUAACUACGUUGACCCGAUGGCAUACAUUUUCGAAUCCCUCAUGAUUAACGAGUUUGCGGGUCGUCAAUACCUCUGCACAUCAUUUAUCCCCAGCAAUACUGUUUCAGGAUAUGAAGCCAUCAGCAACGAUAAUCGUAUAUGCUCGGCAGUUGGUUCUGUUGCAGGAAGCGAGUAUGUCCAAGGAACAGACUACAUCAAGGCAUCCUUUCAGUAUGACCCUAGCCAUAAAUGGCGGAACAUUGGGAUUGUAAUUGGGUUUAUCAUAUUCUUCCACGCUCUGUAUAUGAUGUUCACUGAGCUUGUCACAGCCAGGAAAUCGGAAGGUGAAGUCCUCGUCUUCCGUCGAGGUCAUCAACCUUCACAGUUGAAGGAGACUAAAGGGGAUGUCGAGAUGGAAAUGACUUCUCCUUCAGCUCUCAUCGCUGUAGCCGAACAGACUGACGGAAGUAUGUCUGAUCAGGAGUCUGGUGGCAUUCAACAAACAAGAAGCGUCUUCCAUUGGAGCAAUGUCUGUUAUGACGUCAAUAUCAAAGGAACAACUCGCCGCAUCUUGGAUCAUGUCGACGGCUGGGUAAAGCCAGGAACUCUCACGGCAUUAAUGGGUGUAUCGGGCGCUGGCAAAACAACCCUUCUUGACUGCUUGGCCGAUAGAGUGUCAACGGGAGUUAUCACAGGUGAUAUGCUAGUUGACGGUCAUCCCCGCACUGCAUCAUUCCAGCGAAAAACUGGUUAUGUACAGCAGCAAGACCUACAUCUGGAAACCACAACGGUUCGAGAAGCUCUUAAUUUCAGUGCACUCUUACGUCAGCCAGCACAUGCUUCUCGGGAAGAAAAGCUUGCCUAUGUGGAUGAAGUGAUCAAGCUCCUGGGUAUGGAAGAGUACGCUGAUGCUGUUGUUGGUAUUCCGGGGGAAGGUCUCAAUGUCGAACAGCGCAAGAGACUGACCAUUGGUGUUGAGCUUGCAGCUAAGCCCCCAUUGCUGGUCUUUGUUGAUGAGCCUACAUCCGGCCUCGACAGCCAGACUUCCUGGGCUAUUCUUGAUCUGCUCCAAAAGCUCACACAAAGUGGACAGGCCAUCCUCUGUACCAUCCAUCAGCCUUCAUCUAUGCUCUUUCAGCGCUUCGACCGGCUGCUGUUGCUGGCCAGUGGUGGAAGAACUGUUUACUUUGGUGACAUUGGCAAGAACUCUAAGCACAUGAUAUCAUACUUUGAACGGAUGGGCGCACCUCCUUGCCCGCCCGGCGCCAACCCCGCAGAAUGGAUGCUGGAAGCAAUUGGAGCCGUUCCUGGCUCAGCCAGUAAGAUUGACUGGCAUGCGGCCUGGCGUGAGAGUUCAGAAUUUCAGGCCGUCCAAAAUGAGCUCCAACAGUUGCAAACCAACAGAAGAGGCGCUCAGGAUCCAGUUGAAACCCAUGAAAGUUUAACUGAAUUUGCGGCUCCAUUCGGCUUGCAACUUUCAGAGGUCACCCAUCGGGUUUUCCAACAAUACUGGCGUACUCCCUCUUACAUAUACUCGAAGGCCUCCCUCGUCACUUUGGUAUCUGCCUUCAUAGGGUUCUCAUUUUUCAAGGCCCCUAAUACCGUCCAAGGGCAUCAAAAUCAGAUGUUUGCUAUUUUCAAUCUCCUUACAAUAUUCGGCCAACUUGUGCAACAGACAAUGCCAUAUUUCGUCAUCCAAAGGUCGCUCUAUGAGGUCCGUGAGCGUCCCUCUAAGGUUUAUUCCUGGAAGGCUUUCAUGUUUUCUCAAAUACUCGUGGAAAUUCCCUGGAAUACAUUGAUGGCAGUGAUCAUGUUCGUUUGCUUCUACUACCCAAUCGGGCUCAACCAAAAUGCCGAACCAGCUCAUCAGACCACGGAGCGAGGUGGACUGUUCUUCCUCUUCCUUUGGGCAUUCAUGAUGUUUACUUGCACAUUCACCGACUUUAUCAUCGCUGGCCUCGAAACCGCAGAGGCUGGUGGCAAUGUGGCCAACUUACUGUUCAUGCUUUGUCUGAUCUUUUGUGGCGUCCUAGCUAGCCCGAGCACUUUCCCGCACUUCUGGAUCUUCAUGUACCGCGUGUCACCAUUCACGUAUAUGGUCCAAGGGAUGAUGACGACCGCGGUCGCGAAUACGGAUGUUGUUUGUGCCUCUAAUGAGCUACUGCAUUUUGCACCACCUACAGGACAGACUUACGGCCAGUAUAUGCAAGACUAUAUCAAUGCUGCAGGCGGAUAUUUGCAGGACUAUGAUGCGCGAGAUGAAUGCACAUACUGCACUAUUGGACAGACCAAUCUCUACCUGAAGAGUGUUAAUGCUUUCUAUGAUCAACGGUGGAGAAACUUUGGUAUCUUCAUCGUUUAA